UGCACUGCGCGGCAGCUGCACGCUCUCACAUCCAGUGUUUGACAAAACCUCCUUGGUUUGACUGUGCGAGCAGAACGUGCGCGGCGGUAAUGGCUGCCAGGGAGAGUGAAGAAGACAACAAAUGAACGCGAGAAACGAUUCAAAGUGAGGACUAGGAUGGUAAGCAGCCAACCGAAGUACGAGCUGAUCCAGGAGGUGGGGCGUGGCAGUUACGGCGUGGUCUAUGAGGCAGUAGUGAAGCGCACAGGGGCCCGGGUGGCGGUGAAGAAGAUCCGCUGCCAUUCUCCAGAGAAUGUGGAGCUGGCCCUGCGGGAGUUCUGGGCCCUCAGCAGCAUCCAAAGCCAGCACCCAAAUGUCAUCCACUUGGAGGAGUGUAUCCUGCAGCGGGACCAACUGGCCCAGAGGAUGAACCACGGCUCCAGCUCCCCGCUCUACCUGGAGCUGGUGGAGACAUCUUUAAAAGGCGAGAUCACAUUUGACCCGUGCUGUGCCUACUACUUGUGGUUCGUCACAGACUUCUGUGACGGGGGUGACAUGAAUGCCUACCUGCUGUCCCGCAAGCCUAGCCGCAAGACCAACACCAGCUUCAUGCUGCAGCUGGGCAGCGCUCUGGCCUUCCUGCACCGCAACCAGAUCAUACACCGCGACCUCAAACCGGACAACAUCCUCAUCUCCCAGGCCUGCACGCCAGCCGGUUCAUCCGAGCCCACCCUCAAAGUGGCCGACUUCGGCCUGAGCAAGGUCUGCUCCACCUCUGGGCUCAACCCUGAAGAGCCAGCCAGCGUCAACAAGUGCUUCCUGUCCACAGCUUGCGGAACAGACUUUUACAUGGCCCCCGAGGUCUGGGAGGGCCACUACACGGCCAAGGCGGACAUCUUCGCCCUGGGAGUGAUUAUCUGGGCCAUGGUGGAGCGCAUCACCUUUGUGGAUGUGGAGACUCAGAAGGAGCUGCUGGGGAGCUAUGUGCAGCAGGGCUCAGAGAUUGUACCCUUAGGGGAGGCCCUGUUAGAGAACCCAAAGAUGGAGCUGCUGAUCCCCGCCAGAAAAAAGAGCAUGAACAGCCACAUGAAGCAGCUGAUCAGGGAGAUGUUGUCGGCCAACCCUCAGGAACGGCCCGACGCCUUUGAACUAGAGCUAAGACUUGUCCGAAUCGCCUGCAGAGAGCUGGACUGGGACACGUGAUGGAUGAGCAAACGGCACUACAGACUCAAGCACAUGUACACAUCUCAUCAGCUACUGUUAACCUAGAUGGUCACAUAAUAGGGGAUUAUUGUGUUUUAACUAGGGAACAAUAAUUAGAAUAGUCAUUGUUUUUAUCAUGGCUUAAACUUCAUCCACUGUCCAAGCACAUACUGUCCUCUACUAGCUCUGUCUUUAUAUUGAAGGAGGGAGGUGUGACACCCACCGCUGCUGCUGCUCCAAACUGCAGCUUAGUCUCAGGCUAAUCACAUCACAGCUUCCACUUCCUCCUUACAGAAUCACUCAAGUGUGAUGGAAGAGCAAAAUGAUCCCAAAAGUGAAUUCAAUUAGAAGUGAAUGUCAAAAUGUGACAGUGAAGCAGUUUGUCUACAAAUACCAUCGUGGACUCGGUGCUAAUUGUUACUAAAUGCAAUAUGAGACAUUAUCCUGUGACCAGUACAGCGUACAUUUAUCCAAAGGGCCGAUAUUAAAACAGUCUCCUCAAAGUGUGGAAUGUUUUGAGGCCAUUUGUGGCUUUGACAGAACCUGACCUACAAACUGACUUUAGCCUGGUACAUAACCACCAGCAUUAGUAUUUACAUCAAGAUUCUGUUUUGGCAUCAAAUGCAGAAAUGCCCUGAAUGCUCAGGUAAUAAAAACAUACAACUGGUGAUAUUUGUAGACAAACAUGUACAUGUUGGUUUUGCUCAGUAGUCUUGGAGGAGGAAAAUACCAAACUUUGGUGCUUGAAGAUAACUUUAUUUUCUUCUGAAGGCUGCUUUGUUGGUUGUUUGAGUGGGGAACAUUUUAUCAGUAAGGGGCCAGCCAGCAGGUGCUUGUGGUUGGUGUUUUCUGUUUUCACCCCAUUACAGACUUAGAGAUCCCACACAGACCCCUAACCAGUAUAUCAGAAUGUAAAACAAUCAAGACAGGUCACCUUUUAUUGAUAGAGCCUUAAACACAAAACGGUUUUAAUGAAGUGCUCCACAUGGAGAGAAAAAUCUAAUUUUCUGUAUUGCAACUUGAGUCUUAUUUUCAUGGUUUUAGCCAUCAUUCCUGUUGGUUAUAACAUUGUACCAAGUUAAUUUAGCGUUUGCUAAACACUGCCCAGCUUAGUUACUAUUGAUAGCCCUGUCUAGCUCUCCGUUCUAGCAUGAUUGGAAUGCAGUUUACAGGUUAACUGUGGCAGGUUUACUACUCAGAUGUAAUGGUCAUUUUUGAAACAUUUAACCCUUCUCCUUUUUCAGGCCCUAAACGUCAGAAACGGCUCUUCAUUUUGCUGGCUGAAGUGACAGCUGUCACUGUCAGAUGUUAUUAGCUGUAACUAGCUAAUGUUCUCUAAUCUAACAUACCUGUAAGUCCACAUAAUGAUGUACUUAACUAACAGGGAUGGGCACUUCGGCUGUAAAUGCUGUGGAAAGUGGCAUUUGUCCAUUAAAUGUAACAUAAAUUAAACAUGACUAGGUCAAAACCUGGGCUGUGUAUGGUCGUGUUAAAUUGUGGCCCAAUUGAAUUAGUAUGCAAGAACAUCAGAAUAUCCCGUUCUUGGUAUGUGACAGAUUUGUAAGGAGCAACAGUUAGUGAGUAGAAGGCCUGUAAAAAGGUAAUUGAGGACUGUUGGCGCUUGUUCAUUUUGAAUUGAACUUAAUCACUUAGUAAGUCAGGGGGACAGGCUUCCGUGUCGUGUCGCUGUGUUCCCCAAACUCUGCAAUUAUUUUGGUGAGUACAAUGUUAUCAUAGCCAAUAAGAAUAAUGUCUAAAACUAUGAAAGUCAAACCCAACUUGUAAUAAACCAAAAUGAUCCUUUAAUAAGAAAAUCCAACCAGCUGAGCACACAAUAAAUAAACCAGGCUGGCCUACAUUCAAAAGACUUGGUGGAGUGACUCCCUCACACAUGGCAAACAAAUUAAUCUUGACAGAAAUCCCUAUGUUGCCUACACAUAGAUUUAAUUAUCUGAAGGGUGAGCUGCCUGUAUUACAAGAGCAGUGACAUGAAUAUUCACAUCUGAGAGACCUGAAUGAGUAAAAGGGGUGAGGGAUUCAGUGAAUCUCACUGAAAGCACUUUUAUUUAGUUGUUUAUAUUUAUUCCUGAUAACUACCUACUGCAUUAUAUCAAGGAGCUCUGUGAGGCUGGAUUCAGUGUGAUAACUGCGUUGGUAUUUGUUUACCAGGCGAGCACAAUGUCAUCCAACAGUCUUCUUAUGCAUGCAGUGCCUCUCACCUUCAGGGAAGAAGCGAGAGAAGACACCAGCACACACAAUCCUCCAUGAGCCAGAGGAUCCGUGCUUUUUCUUUUUUUUUUUUUGGAUACAUAAUACUGUUGUGUUUAACUUGAUCUUCCCUCACUGUGUCACUGCUCCUCAUUUCCUUUGGCUCUGGAUCUUACAGUAAUCCCUUUCUUCAUGCUACCGACAGGCUAAUUCUAAGCCUAUUAAGUUGUUGCAACACUUGGCAGAGGAUCAUGCUCGGGACCCCUUUUGCCUUUCAGGUCAUACAUAAUUUGUGCACUUUUAGAGGAACCUAUAAAACCAAACAAUCCUGGCUUUUUCAUUGCUCUCAAACUGGCAGAAAAUCAAUUUCCUCUUACUUGUUGCCAAUAUUUAUCUUCUAGAUGGCCUUUAAUUCUCCCCUUAGCUAUAAUAGUUUUUUUUCCUGUCAUAAUACAAUUGAGAUUUGCCUUAUUUCUGAAAUUUGCCGUUUUCUUUUUGACACUAGAGUGGCCUCAGUGAUACUGCACUUAAACACAGAAUUGGCAGAAGUUGUGCUUGAGAUGCACCACGUUUCACCGGCUCUCAGCGUGAUGCUUUGGUAUGAAUAGCAAUACCACGAAUCUGUAUUAAAACGCCUGUCUGUACUGCAGGGCAUCUAUGCUGCUUUGGACAAUGUUGCGUUGCUAGAAGAAUGUGGCAUUUGUGGCUUUGUGUUCACGAGCAUCAAAGUUUGGACUCAAAGUAGGUCACCCAUAUCCUCAGACCUCUAAGCAGAGCAAAGGAUGAUGGGUAGAGUCAUUUCUCGACAGAUUUCUUCCUUCAACCCUUCUAGACAAGAAGGGGAGGAGGAAGACACUUGGCUUCCUGUGAGGUUUGAGAUGUUUGCCAAACAAAUGCUAGGUCUGGGGAGAGAUUAACAGAUUUCAGCCCUUGAUUUGUUGUAUUAAAUUCCUUUUGCACAUGUGUAAAUAUUGUAUAGGAUCAACAGGGGAUGAACAAGUUUGAUGUACAUUUGACUAGAUGUGCUCUGUUUUUAGGAGCCUGACUUGUUUGACAUGUAAAUUACUGUGAUGGAUUCAAUUUUACUUCAGCUCUUAAUUCAGCUUCAGUUCACUUCAGUCAUGGAAAAGAUGUGAUAUACAAUACUGUUGGUGUGCUAGUGAUAAUUGUAUGUUUUUCAUUGGCCUAUUGUUUGUGAUUUUGUGUAAGAAAAGCUGAUAUACAACGUGGGUCUUUUCUUUAUUUGGAAAUGGAGUUGGCUUCUUUGAAACCUUACCACUUUACUAUCCCCGAUCCAGGACCACCAUACAAUGUAUAACCAUACUGUAACAAUACAUAUGGUAACUCAUCGGAAGGUUGGGGAGGGGGGGGUACAUGUUCAAAUUUACAAAAAACAUGACUAAGGUCUCUUUUAUUUAAUUACAAUCAGUGAGAACCGCAGAUGAACCGAAUCACAGAUGGUAUAGGAUUUCUGAGGAUACUUCAUUUGAUCACUUAUCCAGUAACGCACAAAAUUCUCACUACCUGCUUAGAAUUCAUGUGUAGUAUGGAUUUAGGACAACUAUAGUAUCAUUUCAAAUCACUGAUUUAUACUAACUGCAUUUAACUGUAAUGAUUCCCCCCCCCCCCAAUCAUGUUGCUGUAAAGUAGCUUCUGGCCACCAGUGGCAGCACAGAGCACACUGCUGCUGCGCUGUCUUUUUGUAUUGACCGUCAUUGAGGAGCCCUUUCUUGGUCUGGAGUAAGUGAUAUUUUGUUGUUACUUUGCACCUGUGUAACCUCAUUUUCCCACCUUACAGGUCACUAAGACGAUUGCCUAACAUUCAGUGAUAUCAGAUUGACAUCCUUAAUGUUAUGAGCUGCUCAGCGACAAAAUUCUAGAAGAUACUGAUGCAGGACAGCAAGACCUAAUGAGUCCUAGAUCAGGGCUGCACUUACCACAAAAAAAGUCCUGUGUCUGAUGAAGAACACAGUUGGAAACAUGUCAAAAUAAUAGGUCCAAACUCACCGCCAGGCAAAAGGUCAGCUCGCACUUUUGUAUGAAAAUUUUUUGCUCUUAUGUCAUUGUAAGAUAUUUUGAAGAGAAAUUAAGUUUAUCGAAAGUGGUGUGAACGCCUGUCAAUCACCUGUUGAAUUGAUGGAUUUUUAAUAAAAUGAAGUGAAAUAA